AUGUCUGAUCAAACCAACGCCGCCUGGCCCCUCGCCGACGAGGCCCUCACCCAGAACCUCCUGGACCUCGUCCAGCAGGCCAGCCACUACCGCCAGCUCAAGAAGGGCGCUAACGAGGCCACCAAGACCCUUAACCGCGGUACUGCCGAGCUGGUCAUCCUCGCUGCCGACACCUCCCCCCUGGCUAUCCUCCUCCACAUCCCCCUUCUUUCCGAGGACAAGAACGUCCCCUACAUCUUCGUUCCCAGCAAGCUCGCUCUGGGACGUGCCACCGGUGUCUCCCGCCCCGUGAUUGCGGCCAGCAUCACCACCAACGAGGCCAGUGACCUCAUGGGCCAGAUCCGCACCAUCAAGGACAAGGUCGAGAGACUGAUGAUCUAAGAUGGUCCGGCUUUGAGCACCGGUCGGAGGAGGGCUAUUGGCCUCCUCUGUUUUGGAUGAGCCGGUUGUCGUCUUGAGCGUUGACGGAACCUGAUGGGUUCAGAUCCGUGCGGAUAGGCGACCAGGCAAUAAACAUAGAAGGCUGGCUAGCGGCUUUGCUUCGGGAUUUUGGAGGAAUAUUUGCUCGAGUUUAAGCAGACAACCAUGUCUUAAAUGUCAUAAUUCACACAAGGCUCCAGCUCAUGAGCCUUAGUGUUUUCAUC